AUGUCUAUUCAACAAGGGCCAUAUAAAAUCCCAUUGAAAAGGGGGUUCAAAAUAAUCUUCGAUGGGCAUUUCUGUGGAGGUAGAAAAUACCUCGGGUAUAUCUUGAAAGAGAUUUGUGAGCUCAAAUUCUUGGAUUAUGGGUUGAUGUACAAGGCCCUGGGGUAUAUCAAUACCUUCGAUUGUUGGACCAACGGCCCAGAUUCUGCUGAAAGAGCCACGGAAGAAUUUAUCGAGGGGAUAGACCACUCUAAACUCAAAACCUUAUACCCCGAAGAUAAGGCCGAGUGUAUUGCCACGGGGGAUUAUGGUUAUUUGAGGGAUCAGUUGGUUUUAAAUAGGGAUAAAUACUUUAACCAAGAUGCCCCAUUGAUACUCAGUGGAAGGCAUCUAGCGGCGGCAUAUCCCGAGGCGGACCUAAAGAUUUUUAUCACCGCCGACUUCAACACCAGGUUUCUCCGGUACAAAGCCAAAAUUGAUGAGGGAGGGUACCAACCUAGAUUUCAGAGAGAAAUUAGGAACGAUGACAAAAGGGUGAAAGAAAAUGAUUACACCCAUUAUUGGGAUAUCCCCGGGGAGUAUCUCCCUGGACACCCCAAUUACCAAGAAAACACUAUGAUUUUUGAUACCACUGGAAUGUCUGUGGGGGAACAGAUUGAAAAAUUACUCGAGAUUAUCGAAGGGUUUGGUGGGAUGGCGCGGUAG